GUCCCUCUCCCCGCCACCAUGCAGGAGGCCCACCGCGUCCUCAACGAGGUUUUCGGCUAUGAAUCCUUCCGUCUCUCACAGGAGAAGGUCAUCGCGCGCCUCCUCGAGGACAACAAGAACGCGCUGGUCGUGUUUCCCACCGGAGGUGGCAAGAGCCUCACGUUUCAAAUCCCUGGAAUGUGUCUCCCUGGGCUCACACUUGUCAUCUCCCCUCUCAUCGCUUUGAUGAAGGACCAGGUGGACGCACUGGUCCGCCGGGGUGUCAGCGCCGCGAGUCUCGAUAGCACUCUCACUCUCGAGCAGUCGCGUGACGUCAAGUCGCGCGUCAAGGACGGAUCUCUCAAGAUACUCUAUGUCGCGCCAGAACGCCUUAACAACGAGGGCUUCAUGAACAUGAUGGCCGACGUCAAGAUCGCGCUUCUCGCUGUCGACGAGGCGCACUGCAUAUCUCAGUGGGGCGCCAGCUUCCGUCCCGAGUACCUCAAAAUCGCGCGGUUCGCCGAGGAGAAUAUGGUGGAGCGCGUGCUCUGCCUUACUGCAACUGCCACGCCAAAAGUCGUGGAAGACAUCUGCACGUCCUUUGAUAUCGAGAAACCAGAUGGAGUCUUCUCCGCGCCCGUGUUCCGUCCAAAUCUCGCUUUACAAGUCGCCCACGCCAACAAUCUCGAUGAAAAGAUGUCCCGCAUCAUGCCCAUGCUCGAGCGCCGCACAGGUCCGGCCAUCAUUUACGUUACCCUUCAGCAACAAACCCAGGAUGUCGUCUCCUACCUCGAGCGCCACAACAUCCAUGCCACCGCCUACCACGCGGGCAUCUCGUCCGACGAGCGCACGGCCAUCCAGAACAAGUUCAUGGAAUCGGAAAAGGACAUCGUCGCGUGUACUAUCGCGUUUGGGAUGGGCAUCGACAAGGCGGAUAUUCGGCAGGUGUUCCACUUGUAUAUGCCGAAGACGCUGGAGAACUACAGUCAAGAGGUCGGUCGCGCGGGUCGAGACGGGCUCGAGUCGGAGUGCUUGAUGUUCAUCUCUCCCCCUGAUUUGCCGACGCUGGAGGGGUUCGCGCGGGGAGAUACAUGCAACAAGAAGGACCUCGAGAAAUUCUUGCAGGAGGUCAUGUCGAAACCGACCGCCAAGGACGGCACGCUGGACUUUAAUCACUAUCAGCAAGCCAAGGACUAUGAUAUUCGAAGCAACGCUCUCGGCCUGCUAUAUGCGCAACUCGAGCUGGACUACAAUUACAUGCGUGCCAUUACGCCGAUGUAUACGACGUACGAGUUGACGCCAGCAGUGAACUUCGGGAGGGUUUUGAAAGACUCCAGCAUACCCGCCACCGCGAUCAAGACGCAUUGGCGGACGAAGAAUACGCGCACGGGCGACAAGAAGUACGAGCUCGACGUCGUCGAAACAGCCUCCGUGUCCGGCGUUGAUCGUACCGACAUGGUCCGGCAGAUAGGCGCCUGGGAAAUGGACGGGAAUGUCAACGUGAAGGCAUCGCAAGUGCGCGCGCGGUACAGGACGUUCUUGGACAACCCCCGGCCGACGAAACCGGAAGAGCUGAAGCAACUGACGGAGGAGCUGUACGCCCGGCUGUUGAAAAAAGAAGAGGACGAUAUUGCGAAGAUCCACCAGGUGUUGGAUUUUGCGAAGGAUGAUGAUUGCCUUGCGCACAACGUCGCGAAGUACUUUGGCGACCCUGACGCUGUGCCGGGUGGGAUGUGCGGAAAGUGCACUUUCUGCGUCACCGGCUCCGGCCUCGACUUCACCCCCGCGCCGCCCACGCCCAUCGACCCCUCGCAGAUCCAAGCCAUCCUCAACGCCUGCCCCGAGCGCGACGACCCCCGCCUCCUCGCCCGCAUGGCCUUCGGCAUCACCUCCCCCCGCCUCACCGCGCUCAAGUGCUCGACGUACCAUCCCUUGUUCGGCAGCAUGUGCACGGCGGACUUUGGGAUCAUUGUGGAGGCGUUUGAUGUGGAGUGCAAGAAGGUGGGGUAUGAGAGGGCGGAUGCGCCGGAGGAGGUGGUGGGUGGGAAGAGGAAGGCGACGGGAGGGAACCGGGGGAUUAUUGGGGGCGGGUCGAAGGGUUAUGGUGGAGGGGGGAGAGGUGGUGGGAGGGGUAGGGGCGGAGGCGGAGGGUACAGGGGUGGGGGGAAUGGGUACAAGAAAGCGAGGUAUUGAUGACUGUUGCUCCGCCUUUUUGAGAGAUACUGUUCCUAAGUGCUAUGAUCGCUUCACUAUGCUACGAGCUCAUGUAAUGUAUAUGUAGAUCCCAGCUACUGACAUCUCCCGCUUGACAAUCAGGAAUUCCUCGUUCGAAAGACAUCGCCCUCAU